AAUAUUUUAUGCUUAAAGAUAUUGUAGUCUAAAACUGGUUUGAAAAGCUAUAUAAAAAAACAGAAAAAAAUUCUAACUAUUAAUACUUCUAAUCCCGCCGUUUACGCUAAGCGUCUCGUUUCUGAAGAGAGACUCCAAAAAAGGACAACGGAGAAGAACGAAGAAACAGAGAACCAAAUCGGAGACAUUCCACAAGAAGAAGAAGAAGCUUGUAGAUAUGCCGGUCAUUGAUAUCAUCUUCAGAGUCGACGAGAUUUGCAAAAAGUACGACAAGUACGACAUCGACAAACACCGUGAGAUCGGCGCUUCCGGCGACGAUGCCUUCUCUCGCCUCUUCACCUCCAUUGAUUCCGACAUCGAAGCAGUUCUUCGUAAAGCGGAGUUGGCAUCAACGGAGAAGAAUAGAGCUGCCGCGGUGGCUAUGAAUGCUGAGGUUCGAAGGACAAAAGCGCGAUUAGCUGAAGAUGUUGUUAAGCUUCAGAAACUCGCUGUUAAGAAGAUUAAAGGGCUCACGAGAGAGGAACGAGAAUCUCGGUGCGAUCUAGUUAUCGCUUUAGCCGAUAGGCUUCAAGCGAUACCUGAUGGAAAUGAACAUGGAGCAAAACAAGCAAAUAGUGAUUGGGGAGGUGCUUCUGCACCUAACAAGAACAUCAAGUUUGAUAUGUCUGAGGAAGACAUGGAUGAUGGAUUUUUCCAGCAAAGUGAAGAAUCCAGCCAGUUUCGACAAGAAUAUGAGAUGAGAAGAAAGAAACAGGAUGAGGGUCUUGAUAUCAUAUCAGAAGGUUUGGAUGCACUAAAGAACUUAGCGCGUGACAUGAACGAGGAACUUGACAAGCAAGUCCCAUUGAUGGAAGAAAUGGAAACAAAGGUCGAUGGAGCCACUUCGGAUUUGAAGAAUACCAACGUUCGGCUCAAGAAACAGCUUGUGCAGGUAAAAUUAUAAUAGAAACUGGUUCUUGAAAUUAAUUACUAAAAUCGGGUGGGGGAUUUCAGAUGCGAUCCAGCCGAAACUUCUGCAUCGACAUUAUUCUUCUCUGUGUGAUCCUUGGAAUUGUCUCUUACAUUUACAAUGCUCUAAACUAACUUGGGGAUGUCCCACUCCGAAAUUCUUCUGGCUUUGUGAACCUUUAUGGUAAGUUCUUAACUAAACUGAUAAAGUUACUUUCUUCGAAAGCAAGAUAGUUCCUAAACUUUAACCAUGUGUAUUUAACGGAUUGUUCUUGCUAAAAAAAGAAAGAGAAUUUAUUUGCAAAAUUGACGCUCUUGUAAUUGUGAUAUACUUUUACAUUACUAUUAUAGUCUAUUAAAAAAAAAACAUAAUACAAAUACAGUAAUAGAAACAAUAUCAGAGUAAUAGUAGUCAUCACAAGAUAAAUAUAAAUAUGAGUGAAAACAUGCAAAAAGUGUGUCUCCAUAUUAAUGGUGAUGGUAAUGCUAUCAAUUUCUCAAACUAGGAAAGAUAAUAAUGAUUUUGCACUUGCUCCAAGGUUGGAGAUAUAUGAUUGCUGUCAAAUCUAAUUUCUUAUGUGAUGGACUUAAGAAAAGUUUUGGAAUGUGUGGAGCCAGUGAAGUGAUUCUAUUAAAAUAUAUAUCACAAAAGAAUGUUGUAUUGUUCUACGCGAUAUUUGCGAAUAUUGUUUUUUAUUUUUAAAAAUUUUAUUUCCUAUGUGUUUCGUCU